UUCUAGGCCUGAGUCUGAUUAGUAAUUUUAUCAUGGAUUUAACUGUAAGAAGAAGAGAGCUGUAAUUACUUAAGCCUUUAGUUUUGCCCAGGUGCAGACUCUGGUUCACUCAUUCCUUUGUUCAGUAAACACAUAGGAAGUAUCCCUAAUGUGCCAGGCAUGGUCCUGUGUGUUAGGGUUGUAGAGAUGAGGAGAACAGAUGUGGUUCCUGCCCUCACAGAGUCUACGAUCCAGUGGGGAAGAGAGAUACUGAGCAGGGGCCAUGAUUGAUAUGGAGAGAACAGCUUGUGUGUAGGGGAGAUGUGUAUUUCACGAAGACUGUUCAACAUGAAAUUUACAGUCCCAUAAAGUGCUUCUACAUCUUCGCCAGAGAUCUAGUUAAAAGGACUUUACAGUCUGAAACAUCCUAAAAUUGAUUCUAAAUUAACGUUUCCUCACAUGUAUUUGAGAUAUUGAUGGGGCCCAGCUAUCAGAAUUUUAUUAGGAAGCAAUAAUCUGAGGCACACUGAGACAGACAUACAUACACACCAACCUCCACUACUCCCCAGAGGACACUGGAUAUGCGCUCUCAGGAAGGGCGUCCACGUAGCCUCAGGGAUGGAGACAACCACGAAAUCCUGUCAGCCUUAACAGCCAGGAAAGGAAAACCAACAAAUGGCAGCUUUAAAAGUCACAGUGAUUCAGCUGUCCAUCAAGAACAGCCCCAACCAAGGCGGGAAGGAGGUGGGGACGCGACAGCCUUUGGUGAUUCUCUUGGGCUGGGGUGGCUGCACCGACAAGAACCUUGCCAAGUACAGCGCCAUCUACCACAAAAGGCAGCCCAGCCCUGAUGUGCUCCCAGCUGUGGAGUCAGCCCAGACCUCAAGUCUGUUGUUGCCCUGAUGGGCAGCAAAAGCCUGGGCCAAGUGUGCUGGGAAUUUUCUCCUUUUCUGACCAGGGCUGCAUCGUGAUCCGAUACACAGCCCCAUGGCACAUGGUCUUCUUCUCCGAGUCCCUGGGCAUCCCUUCACUUCGUGUUUUGGCCCAGAAGCUACUUGAGCUACUCUUUGAUUACGAGAUUGAGAAGGAGCCCCUGCUCUUCCAUGUCUUCAGCAAUGCUGGUGUCAUGCUGUACCGAUACGUGCUGGAGCUCCUGCAGACCCAUCGGCGCUUCUGCCACCUGCGUGUGGUGGGCACCAUCUUUGACAGCGGUCCUGGUGAUAGCAACCUGGUGGGGGCUCUGCGGGCCCUGGCAGCCAUCCUGGAGCACCGGCCUGCUGUGCUGCGCCUGCUGCUCCUGGUGGCCUUCGCCCUGGUGGCAAUCCUGUUCCAUGUCCUGCUCGCUCCACUCACUGCCCUCUUCCACACCCACUUCUAUGACAGGCUACUCGAUGCAGCCUCUCGCUGGCCUGAGCUCUACCUCUACUCGAGGGCCGACGAGGUGGUCCUGGCCAGGGAUGUGGAACGUAUGGUGGAGGCACGCCUGGCACACCGGGUCCUGGUGCGCUCUGUGGACUUUGUGUCAUCUGCACAUGUCAGCCACCUCCGCGACUACCCUGCUUACUACACAAGCCUCUGUGUCAACUUCAUGCGCAGCUGUGUCCACUGCUGAGCUCCUUCCCCACCCAACACCCACCCAACUUACCUCUACUCCAGAAAUAAAUGCCUGACACCUCCCCACAACCUA